CAAUCUGCCCGCCAAUUUUAAAGGAUGUAAACAAUGUCGACUGAAAUCCUCUGACUUUUUAACAACAUUUUCCUCAUGCGGCGAGAAACCUACAUAUUACCUCGUAACAGUUAAUACCUCUUCAAGAACAAUGAAUUCCAGUGGAAAAGGAUUUGGCGAUUCGACCAUCCUUGGUUCCAGUUCUGACAACGAUUCGAUUAAAGUUUUCGUCCGAGUGCGACCUCCUACCCAAGGGACUGGGCUGACCACAGAUGGAGAUCAGAAUUUGUGUCUCACAGUCACCUCACCCAACACAGUUCGUCUACUCUCAAAGCCAGAACCAAGGACCUUCACUUAUGAUCUUGUUGCAGACAUGGACGCAUCCCAGGACUCUGUGUUCAACAGUGUGGCCAAGAAUAUUGUUGAGUCCUGCAUGAGUGGAUAUAAUGGCACUAUAUUUGCCUAUGGACAAACAGGCUCAGGAAAAACCUUUACCAUGCUUGGACCAUCUGAAUUGGACAACUUCACGGAUGAUAAGAGGGGAGUUAUUCCUAGAAGUUUUGAGUACCUGUUUUUUCUCAUUAACAGAGAAGCUGAAAAGUCUGUCACCUCCAAGAGUUUCCUCUGCAAAUGUUCAUUUAUUGAAAUAUACAAUGAACAAAUCUAUGACCUCCUGGAUACAGCCUCUGCCAGCCUGUUUGUCAGGGAGAACAUAAAGAAGGGUGUAUUUGUUGAGGGAGCUGUGGAGAAAUUUGUGAACUCAGCAGCAGAAGCCUAUCAGGUAUUGUCUAUGGGCUGGCGCAAUCGACGUGUGGCUUCCACCUCCAUGAACCGGGAAUCUUCAAGAUCUCAUGCAGUGUUCACUAUGACUUUGGAGUCCAAAGAGUCCAUUAAUGAGGUGGUGAACAUUCGAAUGUCUCAACUAAACCUGGUUGAUCUGGCAGGAUCUGAGAGACAAAAAGACACCCACACAGAAGGGUCCAGACUCAAGGAGGCCAGCAGUAUCAACCGCUCCCUCAUGUGCCUUGGCCAAGUGAUCAUGGCACUAGUGGACGUGUCCAACGGAAAGAACCGUCACAUCUGCUACAGGGAUUCUAAACUCACUUUCUUGCUCCGGGAUUCUCUUGGAGGAAAUGCAAAGACCUGCAUCAUAGCCAAUGUGCACCCUGGUUCAAAGUGCUUUGGAGAAACAUUGUCCACUUUGCAUUUUGCCCAGAGAGCAAAGCUGAUCAAAAAUAAGGCUGUCAUCAAUGAAGACACACAAGGAAAUGUGAGGCAGUUACAGGGGGAAGUGAGGAAGCUGAAGGAACAACUUGCACAAGUGCUUGCAUCUCAGGGAGUGCCCUACAUGAGAGAUGUAGCACCAGGAGGACCUGAAGUCCCUAUCGGCCCAUCUGUUGAAAAUCUCCAUGACAUCUCAUUUAAAGAAAAGUUCAUGGCUGCUGUUCGUCUGUGGAAGAAGCAAGAUGAUGAGAAGAAGUUGCUGCUCAAGAAGGUGGCUCAGCUCGAGGAGGCCUGGACACAAAAAGACAAGUUUAUCCAUUCCAGCAGAAUGAUCAUCAGGUUUCGGGAAGAUCACAUCUCUCGCCUUGAGAAAAAACUGAAGGACGGACAAAGCUCGAUGUCAGACAAGGAAUCUCAGGCUGUGAUUGGCCAGCUGAAAGAAGAGCUUAAGAUCUUGAGAGAUCAGGUUGAGCAUCAUCCCAAGAUGACUCGAUAUGCAGCAGAGAAUUACAGUCUCAGAGAAGAGAACCGUCAACUACGUUCUCUUGAAUCCGUGAUGAAAGCUGAAGAAAUUGCUGCCCAACUUACUGCUGAGUUGGAAGCAGUCUUGCUGAAGCACGUGGAGUCGGAUGGUAUGACAAAUAAUCAUAAAAAUAUAUUUCAAAGUAAAGAUGGUUCAUAUUUAACUCCAAUUAUCACAUCUUGUGCUACAGCAUCUGGAGUCUUGUCUACUUCUGUGGGAUCAGAUGCUGUUUCUGCAGCAACAAUUGAGAGACUCAAUGGUAAACUGCUUCAGAAACAGUCAGACUUCACAGCUGUCCUCCAGGCCUUUGAAGAGUACAAAGAUGCCACCAAGAAACAAUUGUCUCAGUUGGAGUCUGAGAAAAGAUACCUCAACAAGUCUAACAAGCAUUUGGAAAACAUUUUGGAAGCCACACAAGCUUGUAAAAUGCAGGAAGUUUCCGAACUGAACAGAAUUCAUGUUGAAACUUUAAAGAUUCUCACCACCCCUACAAAAGCGUACAAUCUGCGGUCUCGCCUUGUGCCGCUCUCCAGUCCAGAGCAUCUGAAUGAAGGUGGAGACGACAUUUGGGCUGAGCAGCCUCCAUCAGAUAUGACUGAAAUGGCCUUGACAGAAGAACUGCGUCAAGUGCAAGAUCAAACAAGCCUUGUUCAGACACAGUUAAAUGAAGAGGAGCUGAAGAACAGCAAGUUGUUGCAGCAACUUGCAAAGCUGGAAGAACAGCUUGCUGCGAUAUCUCAAGAGGCUGUUUGCAAGGAGGAGCAACUUUCUGCUGAAAGAGCUAAUAGGAACAAAGAUCAGCUUACCUUUCAGGAAACCAUCAACAGCCUGCAACAGAACCUUCAGUCGGAACAGCAAGCUGCAGAAGUUCUGAAGAGUGAGAUCUGCGAUCUUCGUUUGGUUCUGGAGUCAUCUGACAAGGAGCUUGUCUCUGUGAAGAAAACGCUCAAAGACAGCCAGAAUGAGCAUCAGCAAGAGAUGAGCCAGCUCUCGAGCAGUCUGAUCAGCACACAGCUCCAACUUGACAAAGUCCAGCUGGAGUGGGAGCAGCUUCUGGAACAACAUCGGACUCUGCAGGAUUCAUUUGACCAGCUGCAGGCUGAGGCUAGGUUUGAGGCUGAUCAGGCUAAUCAGCAGCUGCAAGACAAGCAACAGGAGACUGAUCAGCUGAAGGCAGAGGUUAUGAACCUGAAGUGUUGCCUGCAAGCUGAGAAUGAACACACAAGCAGUCUGACCUCCCAGUUGAGAGAAAAUAAAGAAAGCAUGUCGAAAGAACUUGUUGAAAUCGUGGAGCAGAACACACAGCUCCAAAAACAAGUGUCAGACCUGACUGUACAAAAUCAACAACAGUCCUUAGAACUUGGAAAUCUGGAGCAGAAUUUAAACAAUAACAAUGAAAGGAUGAAAAACUUGGAGCAUAAGAUUGAACAAGACAAAGAUGUUGUUUUAGACCUCGUGAACCAAAUCAGAGACCUCCGAAGUGAGCUGAGCCAAAAGGAUGAGACGAUCUGCCACCUUUCUGGAGACAUCAAAGAAAUUACUGCCAAAUAUGAUGCUGCCUGUCUUGAAAGAGAAAACAUUUGGGAGCAGAACUCUAAGAUGCAGACAGAAAUCUGUGACCUGAAAGAGAAGUUGGACAGAAACGUGACAUCUAAUAAAAUAGAGGUUGAGGUCUUGCAGGAGGAAAUUUCUUAUGCUACCGAGGAGGUUGAGAGACUCACUAAGGUCUUAGAUGAGCAGAACAGCCUCCUCCAAGCUGUUCAAGAGCAAACUGUGCAAAAAGAGGACAUCAUAAAGAACCUACAGGAAAAAGUGAAACAACAACAAGAAGCUGUUGAGAAAACUAUUCGAAUUGGAGAUUUCAGACAUGCUGAGCUGACAGUCACACCUAAAUCAAUACCUCGAACUCCUCGUACUCCAUGCAGCUUCGGCAGGGACUUGAGUCAGGUGUUGGAGAGCCAGGAGUUGGAGCUGGAGAGCAGACGUUCCUCCAUGAUGUCAAUGGAUAUUCUUCUAGCUGAACUGAACGCUGAGAGGACUGCCAAGAAUGAUGAAAUCCAAAGGCUUAAGGCAACGCUGGCUGACAAAGAGAUAUUCCUGACGGAAAUUCAGGGUUUGCUUGAUAAGUUUUACAACAAUCAGAGCCAACUGACGCAGAAUGGAAUUAAUAAUUGCGAGGAGUUUAAUGAAGCCAUCAGGCAGUCCUUGCUCAAAGAGCUGCAGGAAGAGAGAGCAGAUAAGGGAAAAACAAUGCAGAAGCUUUCUGAUACUCAAAAAAGACUGCAAACACAAGAAUCUGUGCUGGCUCAGUCUCAGACAUGCAUCCAAGAACUGACCGCUGAGCUCAGGAACCGCUGUGUAGAGUUGAAAGACCUGGGCCAAAGGAUGCAUGAAGAGGAAAAGCUCCUCCAGGAGAACGAGGUGCUCCGUAGCCAGAACAUUAAGCUUUCGGAGGAGAAUGGAAAACUUGUAGGACAUAAGAACCACAAACAGAGGAUUGAAUAUCUGGUCAAACUGAAAAAGGACAACACCAGACUUCAAGAGGAAAAUGAGAAGCUCAGAACAGAAAUGAGUUUUUUGCAAGAGAAUGCUGCAUGUCCAUCACUGGAGAUGAUUAAACUGUGAACACCUUUCCCAGUCAAGAGUUUUUUUGUUUUUUUUUUAUUCUUUUUUUUAAUAUAUAUACUUAAUCUAGUAUGAACUAUUAAAACAAUGUGAUUUAUAUUUCGUUUUUAUUCCAGUGACUGUACUUCAAUAUUUUACUCAGAAGUGUUUAUAUUA